AUGUGGAUGUUCUCUUGGCUUUGUGCUAUUUUAAUUAUUUUGGCUAUGGCUGGUAUGGACACAAUAGCAAAGACCACACCAUAUAUCAAGUUUACAAAGAAACCUGAGGAGAAAGAGAUGCUGAAGGGACUAAAGCCAUCCAGUGCCCUACCUCCGGAAGAAGAAGAAACACCCUUUACAGAAGUGGCCGGGACGGCAGAGCCAACCCCCGACCCCUCAGUCCAAGGUCCUGUCUUUGGCACGGCCACUCUCUUCCCCUUUGAAAACUUCACUCUGGAUAAGGCUGAUUUCCUUUUGAAUUGUUGUGAUUGUUGUUCAUCUGUACCAGGGCAGAAAGGAGAACCUGGCGAGGCUGGAAAGUCAGGUCCCGAGGGAAAGGCAGGUGAUAUGGGGAUCCCAGGGCCACCAGGAGCCAUUGGACCCCAAGGUCCAAAAGGCCAGAAAGGAGAGAAAGGACUUAAGGGAGAACGUGGGGACCAAGGAACAAAUGGCGUUCCAGGAUACCCAGGAAAACCAGGAGAACCAGGUGGACUCGGUCCUAAAGGGGAUAAAGGAGACGUUGGACUGGAGGGAGUGAAAGGACAAAAAGGCUCAAAGGGGGACACAUUUGUAAAUGCUACGAAAGGAGAGAAAGGAGACCGAGGGGCUGUGGGCUCACCAGGCUUGAAUGGAGAGCCUGGGGACAAGGGAGAGAAGGGGGAGAUGGGGGAUAAGGGCUACUGUGGGAAUUCUGGGGAGAGGGGGGGAAAGGGCGAAAAAGGGGAGGUGGGGAUGAAAGGAGAAAAAGGUAGCAAAGGAGAUAUGGGGAUGGAAGGCAAAAGGGGUCCAGAGGGCCUGCCUGGAGCCCAAGGUGAUCCAGGGGCUAAAGGACAAAAGGGGGAGUUAGGUCCUCCUGGUCUCAUGGGACCUGUGGGGCCAAAGGGUGAGCUUGGGAGCAAAGGGGUCCGAGGGUCUAUUGGAAAGAAAGGCUCUCGGGGCCUUAAAGGCUCCAAAGGGGAGGUGGCCAGAGUCCCACGGUCGGCUUUCAGUGCUGCUUUAUCAAAGCCUUUCCCUCCUCCCAAUGUCCCUAUCAAAUUUGACAAAGUUUUCUAUAAUGACCAAGGGAAUUAUAGCCCCGUCACUGGGAAAUUUAACUGCAGUAUUCCUGGGGCAUAUGUAUUUUCCUACCAUGUCACGGUGAGUGGCCGACCCGCUCGGAUCAGCCUGGUGGCCUGGAAUAAGAAGCAGGUCAAGUCCAGAGAAACGCUCUAUGGUCAUGAAAUAGACCAGGCCUCUCUCCUCAUUGUCCUGAAGUUAAGUGCAGGGGACCAAGUCUGGCUGGAAGUUUCCAAAGAUUGGAACGGAGUGUAUGUCAGCCCCGAGGAUGACAGCAUUUUUACUGGGUUCCUUUUGUACCCAGAGGAAACUUCUGGAAUUUCACCUUAA